AUGGCCAGUGCCACUGCCCCCAAAACGUCCUGGGCGGACGAUGUCGAUGAACUUGAGCAACCUAAAGUCGAGGACUUUGUGGAUGAGAAUGGUGUUCGCACAACAAUUGAGUAUGUCAUCAAUGAUGAGGGCAAGAAGGUGAAGGUCACCCGUAAAACCAAGCGCGUCUUGCAGAAGGCUGUGGUGGAUCACUCGGUUGCUGAGCGGAAGAUGUGGUCGAAGUUUGGGCAGGAGAAGGGGAACAAACCUGGUCCUGAUCGGGCUACCACUACCGUUGGCGAGGAGCUUUUGCUCAAGCUGAGUCCAGGGAACAAGGCUGCAGCGCAAGAACAGACCCCGGAGCAGACGGUGAAAGCGACCUUGGCGAAGAGUGGUGCCGGGAAGGUCGUGUGUAGGUUGUGUAAGGGCGAUCACUUUACGGCGAAGUGUCCCUACAAGGAUUCGCUUCCUGGUCUGGAGGGCACCGAGACCCCACCAUUUGGACUGGACGAGAACGCACCCCCAGCCGAAUCCGCGGCCGCCCCUGCUGCUUCGACUGGUGGCAAAUAUGUCCCCCCGUCCAUGCGCGGAGGUGUCCGUGGCCCGGGAGAAUCUAUGGGACGCCCAGGUGGAAACCGCGACGAUCUACCUACGCUUCGCGUCACCAACAUCUCUGAGGACACCCAAGAGAACGACCUUCGCGAUCUCUUUGGGACCUUCGGGCGCGUGGCUCGUGUCUACGUUGGUCGUGACCGCGAGACAGGAGCGGGCAAAGGCUUCGCGUUCGUCAGCUUCGAGGAGAAGGCCGUCGCUCAGCGCGCGAUGGAGAAGCUGCACGGCCGCGGCUACGAUAACCUCAUCUUGAACAUCCAGUGGUCACAACCGAGAGAGCAGCGGUGA